AUGCGUUCUCUUUCAGAUGUAGCAUGUACACAGCUUUUCUUCCCUAAUACACCUGCGCUUGAGGCCGUGGAAUAUCAACGGGAAAAUUUCCGUGAUCACUACUCAGAUCGUGAGACCUAUAGAGGACCACCAACUCCUGAUCGCGAAGCAGCUUGGGAAGAAUUCGCCCCGUACGGAGUGAGUCAAGUUCCUUUGGAUAGCCGCUCAAAGUCUAGCGAAUAUGCUGUUCUUGGAGUAAUUUUACAUUUAAACUGCGUGAAGUUGAUUCGUCAAUAUGUCUAUAUGACGGCAAAUGAGACAUAUGCUGAAGGAACUUUGAGGUCACAAGUCAACGAAUGUAUAGAAGUUCUUCGCAUGGAAUUAGUCUGCAAUUUCGAUGCCACUCUAUACUUGACCGCCAACACCAACCACUCUUUAAAAGGAACUGUUCCUGUCACUGGAAAUGAUCAUAUCUGUCGGAAUUACCUCAAGAUACUUCACUGGGCUCAACAACGCUUUACGAGUAGUAACGAGUCACUCCGUCAAUUUGCCAUUUCAUUUGUUUUACAGCUAUUAUAA